UUCAGAAUCUGUUAUUGAAUUCUACACAAAUUUAGCAGUAGAUAACAAGAAAUUAUAUGAACCCAGUAAUAAUUACAACGACUGCAUGGAUGUUAAUGAGAAAAUUCUCCAAAGUUUGAAACUCAGUGAAAAUGAACCACUCAAUCUAGCAAGUGAAUCUGCUGUAAAUCAGGAAAGUACUAACAAGAAUGCAGUAGAUGUUGCUCUUUCUCUCUCUAGUGCAUUUGAACCAGAACCAGAAGAUGUGGAUUUAGAUGACCUUGUACGAGAUCCAUCUCCUGAAAAGACAAGUGAAGAAGUGAGGUCAUUAAGUCCUGUAAAACAACCUAGUCCAGUAAAAGAGCCCUCUCCAAUGAAAGAACCUGUGGUUGUAAAGGAACCUACCCCAGACAAACAACUUACUUCAGUUAAAGAACCUACUCCAGUGAAAGAAGUUAACCCAGUUAAGCAACCAAGCAACCCAGAAGCACCCACCAAUGACAAAAAACCAGUUCGACCCAAGCAACUUUCUAUUGAAAAACAAUCAGUUCCUCAGAAUGAUCCAAGUUCAGUUCAGCCAGUUACAUCUGUUCCAAAAAGUAAUCAAAAUGAAAUGCCAAAGGACAAAAAUCAAACCUCAUUUAAUUUUGGUUUGCCAAAGACAAGUACUUCAAAUAUUCCCAUGAACUUUGGUGUUCCCAAACCAGAUGGUGGUUUUCAGGCCAAUAGUAUUAUUGCAAAUGCUUUAAAAGAUGUUGAUUUAGGUAAUCACUCCAAAGAAGAAAAGGUUCCAGAAGGACCUACGAUAGACCUAGAUGCACCAGUAGCUUCGACUAAACCCGUUUUAUUGGUAGAUAAAACUGAAGCGGAAGAUUUAGAAGACUGGCUAGAUUCUGUGCUUGAUGAUUAAACAGAACUGAUGUCUAGAACAUUUUAUUAUAGAGUUUCUUAGCUUGUUAUGGAAUUGAAUAAACUAUUAACACAUGAAUUGCGUAGAGGUUAUAAUAUAUUCUGUAAAAAAAGAUUGUGACUGACCUUCCUUUCCAAAUCAAUUAUAUUUUUAUUAUUGUUAUUAGUAAAUGUUAAUUUACAAAAUACUUGUUGGCGCUUUGAAUUCUGAGGAGCUCAGAUUCCUUAUGUAAUUCUAAUAGAUUUCCUCAACUUCAACAUUGUUCAUAUUUCGCUUGUGACUUUGUUAAUUAGCCACAGAUUCAGAAAAAUGUUGUGACUAGAUAUCUCAGAAAAGAGGUAUACUUUGUAAGGAUUUAGAAGGAACCGUAAGUUGACAAUGCUUCUUAAAACAAGCAGUCAAAAAAUAGCAAAAUUUUUGGUCAUAUCAGCUGCCAUAAAUAAAACUGAAGUUAAA